CUGGAGCGUCAACCGGUGACAGAUCUCGAUGCUCUGGAGUUGGAGGGUUGCACCUGUGAAAACAAAUACAAUCCGUUCUCCAGCAAGAAAUGGACCGCCACCUCAGGCAAUGGGUUACAUGUUUCCGUCGUCUGCGAUGCCUGUCACCUGGAGAUGCGUGAGAUACCAGGAGAAGACCGCUUACAUUACUCAGAUCACGAUGGUGUCGCUGGUUACUUCCGUCUUUCGCGGCACUCAAAGCCCUUUGUCGACCUCCUGCUAGUCGGGGCCAUUGUCUUUGCGAUCCUUUGGGGAAACCUGGUAGGCCGGCAGUGCGAACUGAGCGCUCUGCGGAACAUGGUUAACUUGGUGGAACACUACCUGGACUCCGGCAACCAAGACGUCGCAGCACCUCCCGCCGUUGUCCCUGGUAGUCCGCAAGAUUCCGGCAUACUGUGA